AUGAAGUGCGUAAUUUCCGUGGCUCUUCUGGCUUUCAGCCAGAUCAGUCAUUUUGUUGCGGCAACCGCUAUAGAGAAGCCUGCGGCAACACCAGCGAAAGCCGAAUCCGAGUCAAAGGUUGAAAACAUCAAUUACGGUGAUAUCAUUUCAACUGUGGAAAAGCGUUUCAAAGUUCUCAUGAAAUUGAUGCAAGGUGAAGGUUUCAAGGCUGAACUCCUGCAAACGACGAAGGCCGAAGUUACCAAAGUUUCAAACGAGUUUUUGGCUAAAUUCACACCACUGCUGAAAGUAAGCAAGGACCGUGCUCAAGAUUCUUCCAAACAAGUUCAGCAACCUGUGCCAAGCUGGAUCAAGAUCCGUUCUGAGGCAGAGUCACACGUUGAGCAGGCUGUAGCCGUGCACAAUGCGUUGGAAAAAGCUGGGCAAAGCAUCCACAGGUUGUUUGAGAGCCUUUUCGGGAAAUAUGCAGAACAGUUACAAAGCGCACCCGUAAAAGCUAAUGUUGCGCAACAAACAGGAAAAGUGGCUGAAAGCAACACCGCUCUUGCUGGAUCGGCUUCUUCCGAACCUGCUGCAGUAGGAGAGUCUCAGCAUGAUGACGAUUUCUUGAACCUGCGUUUCGUUGUCCCUGUUUUUGCGAAUGAUAUCGAUACUCUCUAUGCGUUGAUAAAGGAGAAAAAUGAUAGCACUAAGGAGGAGCAGGCAGCAUUGUUGGAGGUUAUCAAAAAGUGGAUAAGCGAAAAGGUGCCUAGCCUUAAACCCAAUGAGAAUAUGGUGCUUGCUACGGUUAAGCAGGAGUUGGCGAAGCUGUGUACUUCCGAGGUUUAUUUAAAGGAUAUCGCUCUCUCCCUUGAUGCCUACAACCAGCUUGACGCCAAGCUGUCUGAAUCUGUUGAGAAGUGCAAGAAGAUGAACUCUGCUAGCUUCGGCGCUGUCAGCCUGCUCUUGGCCGCCGUUCUCGCCUUCACCAUGUGGUAA